AUGUUAUCAGUUUUGAUGUUCUUGAACUCCCGCGGAGACGUGGUGCUCUCGCGGACGUUUCGGGCGGGAAACUCUGUGCGGUCGCUAGCCGAAACCUUCUGCAGUGAGAUCAUCUCUACAAAGCAGGUUGACCGUUGUCCUGUCAACAUUGUGAAACACAUGUGCUUCAUUCACCUUAAGCUGACGGAGCUGUACGUCGUGAUGGUGUCCGACUCGAAUGUCAACUGCCUCAUGUGUCUCCAGUACGGUGCACGGCUGUUGCAGCAUAUCCAGAAUGACUACGAGGGCUUGGACGAAAAGCGGAUCAAGGAGAACUUUAUUGCUCUGCAGGGCAUCAUCGAUGAGUCGAUGGACUUCGGAUACCCCAUCCUGACGGACGCAGAAUCAAUAAGGGAAUUUGUCACGAAAGACGGCGUGGAUGCUGCCGUUCUGAAGAACACUCACGAGUCGGAGCGCAUCGCCGAUAGGAUGACCGGCGAGACGCCGUGGCGAGUGGAGGGUCUUGCGUUCCGUGUGAACGAGGUGUUCGUUGACGUGUUUGAAGAUGUGAAUCUGCUGCUCUCCCAAACAGGAGAGACGCUGCAGAGCAGCGUGUUGGGGCGUGUGGUCAUGAACAACUUCCUCUCCGGGAUGCCGGAGUGCCAGCUGCACUGGAACGCGAAAGUGAUGAGUCACGGUAUCACCGAGGCGGCCGGGAGCAAUGGUGUCGGUGGUAUAGGAGAGGUGGUUCCCUUAUCAAGCAUCUCCUUUCACAACUGCGUCCGCCUCAAAGCUUCUGGUGAAGAACGACGGGUCACCUUUGUGCCGCCGGAUGGUAAGUUCACUCUCAUGACGUACCGCUCCAGUGUGAACGUGCAGCCACCGAUGAAGGUGCUGUCGGCCAAGGCACGAGAGAUCUCGAAGACACGCACGGAGGUCGAGUUCACACUACGCUCAGACACCCCAGCUGGUCGGGUCGCCAAAGACGUCCAGGUGAGCGUCGCCUGUCCGGACAAUACAGCUACUGCUGAGGUGAGGGUGGGGCGUGGCAAGGCCAAUUAUGACCCCGUAAGCCACGCCAUCGUGUGGAAGCUGCCGGAGGUGAAGAGUGAGGAGGAAAUCGCUUUCUUCGCGGAGAUCCGACAGAUUGCGCCGACGGAGAACACGGAGCUGCUGUGGACGAAGCCGCCUAUCCGCAUCGCGUUCCAGUGUGUGUCCCUGUCGCUUACAGGCUUGCGCAUCAAUGAGCUGGUCGUCAAGGAGCCAACGUUGAUGUACGCGGCAAACAAAUGGAUUCGCUACACCGUCAUGGCGGGUGAUUAUCAGUGCCGCAUAUAG